UAUUAUUAUUUUAAUUUCAGCUGUCAGUAGACUCGUUUGAUAGCUCUCGUUUUUAAAAUUUAUAUUAAAAUGAAUGAAUUAAAAAGUUCAAUACCAGGUUUAGUGUAUUUACCAACACGUGAAUAUUCAAAAUCAUCUGAUGGUUUUUUGGAAGGACGUAAACAAGUUGAUGGUGCUGAAAAUUUAUGGAGAAUAAAUAAUCGUCUUUAUAAUUUAGAUGAAUUUAUAAAUAAUCAUCCCGGUGGUGCUCAGUGGAUUUCACUCACCAAGGGUACAGAUAUCACUGAAUUAUUUGAGACACAUCAUCUUUCAAAUAAAGCUGAAAAUAUGCUGCCGAAAUUUUAUGUACGUGAUGCAAAAACACCACGAUCAAUUCCCAUGACAUUUAAUGAAAAUGGAUUUUAUAAAACAUUUAAAAAACGAUCAUAUGAAGCACUUAAAAAUAUUAAUUAUCAUUAUCCAUCAUUUAAAACAAAUUUAAUAGCUGAUACUGUUAUGAUUAUGACAAUUUUAUUUUGCCUUGUAUCAGCAGCAACUCAGUCAAUGAUAACUUCAACAAUUGCAGGUGUAUUAAUGACAUGGACAACAAUAAUUGGUCAUAAUUAUCUUCACAUGCGAGAUAAUUAUCGUAUGUAUUAUUUGGAUAUAAGUUUAAUGUCAUCACGUGAUUGGCGUAUCACACAUGUAAUGAGUCAUCAUAUGUAUCCAAAUACAAUUUGGGAUAUUGAAAUGUAUGGAUAUGAGCCACUUUUUCAAUAUCUGCCAAGAAAAAAAUCUAUCAUAAGAUACUUGGGAAUUUUUUAUUCACCAAUUUUUUGGUUUUUGAGUUUUUAUUUAGUUGGAAUAAAAAGAUACAUUUCAGUAUUUUUUGUAAAUAAAAAAAUUGAAUUUGGAGACUUGGUGCCAUUUAUUAUUCCAAUAAUAAUGUGCUUUUAUUCACAAAAUAUUCAAACAGCAUUUAAAAUUUGGAUUACCAUUAUUGGUAUUAGUAGUUUUGUAUUUAUGUUUAUUGGUUUUAAUGCUGCUCAUCAUCAUCCGAAAAUAUUUCAUGAUGGUGAUAUUUGCAGGGAUGAUUUGGACUGGGGUCUACUAGAAUUAGAUGCUGUACGUGAUAGAAAUGUAAUUGAUGAUUAUUAUUUUUUGGUUGUGACAAAUUUUGGAUCACAUGGGUUACAUCAUUUACUACCAACAAUUGAUCAUGCAUAUUUACCACUUUGUUUACCAGCAUUACAAAAAACAUGUGAAGAAUUUAAUAUAAAUAAUGAUAAAUUUACACAAAUUGAAUUAAUUAAGGGUCAAUUUGCACAAUUAAGACGUACACAUCCAGAAAAAAAUAUGAGAUAAACAAAUAACUUUGAAUUAAAUUUAAAAUUCAAAUAAUAAUUUAAAAAAAAAAAAAACAAUAUUAAUUUUAUUAAAUAGCAAUAAUAAUAUUAAAUUAAAAAUUUUUACUUGUAAAAGAUUAAAGAAUUUACAAUAUGUGAAAAAUAAUAUUUAAUUUUAUAAAUAAAUAAUAAUAAAUGUAUAAAAAAAAAAAAAAAAAAA